UUCAGUUGGUAUUCUUCUAUUUGCUUGAGGGAUCAUGAGUGGUAAGCUGUGGACAGAAGAGCAGUUUAACUGCCCCGUGUGUCUGGAUCUCCCCAAUGAUCCGGUCACCAUCCCAUGUGGGCACAGCUACUGCAUGGGUUGCAUCAAGGACUACUGGAGCAAGGAUGAACCCAAGGGGAUCUACAGUUGCCCCCAGUGCCGCCAGACCUUUUGUCCUCAGCCCUCUCUCUCUAGGAACACCAUGUUGGCUGAAGCUGUGGAGCAACUCCGCAAAGGAAAACCAAGGUCUGAAGUGUAUCAAAGCAUGCGAGGAGCAGUAAAAUCCAAAAAGAAUCUGCCCUCGUCGGCCGUGCAGUGCGACCUGUGUAAAGGAGAACAGAGGGCAGCAGUCAAGACCUGCUUGGUGUGCAUGAGCUCGUACUGCGAGAACCACCUCAAGCCACACCAGACCAACAAGGCCUUGAAGGACCACGAGCUGAUAGCACCAACAGGCAACUUGGCCGAGAAGAUCUGCACACAGCACAAGUACCUACAGGAGUUCUUCUGUCGCCAGUGCAAAGUGUUUAUCUGUUGGCUGUGCACCAGCAACCAGCACAAAGGUCAUGAGAGCGUGUCCACCAAGGCUGAGCGCAUAGAGAAACAGAAAGUUCUGUCCGAGAUGCUGACUGAAAACCAGCAGAAGCUCAAAGACAGACAGCAGGAGCUGAAGGACAUGAAGAAGAUGAUGGACGGAAUGAAGCGCUCUGCAGACCGUGUUCACAGCGACUCAGAGAAGGUUCUGCAGGAGCUGCAGCAAUCACUGGAGCGACUCCAGGAGCUGUUGGAGGAGGUGCUGGAUGAGGUCGGCCGGGAGAAGAUGGAGAAGGCUCAGGAGGUGACCGACAACCUCGAGGCAGAGAUCAGGGAACUGAAGAAGAGGGACACUCAGAUGAAAGACCUCAGUCAAUGUGAAGACCACAUCUACUACCUGCAGAUGUAUGAAACCAUGUGCAGUCCAUUAGAGUCGGGUGACCUUCCACCUGUGCAGGUAAACCAGGAAGCUUCCUUUGAACCUGUAAGGGAUGCCAUUCUGGAUCUAAGAGACCAAGUAGAGGAACUGUGCAACCUGGAGCUCAGCAAGAUCACCAAAAAAGUCAGCGAGACAACGUUAUUCACACUGGGCAGUGGCAAUCGCAGCACCAGAGCGGGCUUUUUGAAAUUGUUUUCACGAAACCCGAACAACCGUUCGGCAGGCUCUUCGUCAACCAUCUCACUGACAUCGCGGAGUGCAGAAAGACGAGGUCUAGGUGUCCGAGGGCUAGACGUGAGGAACAGAGACACCGCACGAGAGGUCACACAGAGGUCACCCAGAUUGUGGUCCCGACAGAGGCGAGAUGAAGGCGAGUCGGUGAAGGAGAACACCCUAAGACCCAGCCCGACUCCAAGCCCGACUCCUAGCCGAAGAGCGUCCCAGUCUCUGUGGAGCAGGUCCAGUCAGAGUCAGGAUGUCCCUGCAGUCCCUUCUCCAACCCUAGUGAGUCCAAAUGGGACUCUUGCGGCUGUCUCUGCUCCAGCUCCUCCUGUCGCUUCUCUUACUCCUGCACCGCCGUCCACUGGAGCAUUUAGUCGGAUGCCGUCUAUCAGCAGCAUUUUCCGUUCCCGCCGUGGAAACGCGCAUGUCGGAAACGCGCCAUCUGCAGGCACAUGGGUGAUGCCGACUGUGCCUGAAACACCAACACAAGUCAACCCCAGUCUGUUCUUGGACUUGCCCACAACCACGGUUCCUACUCCCGCUUUCCCUGCACUGAGAGAGCUCAGCAUUGACAGCAUCCAGGCUGCAGAACCAAGAACAAGGGAAGAGUUCCUACAAUAUUCUGUCAACUUCACCCUUGACCCAAACACUGCCCACCGGCGUCUGGUUCUCUCUGAUAACAACACCAAAGCUACCCUGCAGGGUGCAAUGGUGGCUUACCCUAAUACCCCCGAGCGCUUCGACGGUUGGACCCAGGUGAUGUGCGGCAGCGCCUUGUAUGCCCAACGCUCCUACUGGGAGGUGGAGUGGCGAGGCAAAGGGUCCUCAAUGGGCGUGGCCUAUGGAUCGCUCCUCAGGAAAGGCUCAGAUGCCAGGUCCGGAAUCGGUUACAACGCUCAGUCCUGGACUCUAGAGCUGUCAGACACCUGCUGCUUAGCUUUGCACGACAACCAAAAAAGGGACAUACCGGUCAUCUAUUCCCCCCGUCUGGGCAUCUUCGUGGAUCUGUCCACUGGGACGUUGGAGUUCUACGGCGUAGCAGAAAACAUGACACACCUUCACACCUUCCGGGCAAACUUUACCCAGCCCGUAUAUCCCGUCUUUGGCGUGGGGAGCGGGGUCGGAGUGGGUCUGGACUUUGCACUUGGACAGUUCAGCUCCACCUCAGACAGCAUCAAGUUGUGUCCCAUGUGAGGACACUUCGAACAGAGGAAAUCGAACAUGACUGAAGUUUACUUGGUUUCUUACAGUGGAACCCGUUUUUGUCGACUGACUGAUGUUGACAUAACAUGUGAAUCUGUCUAGAGCAGGGGUCACCAACGCGGUGCCCGCGGACACCAGGUAGCCCGUAAGGACCAGAUGAGUAGCCCGCUGGCCUGUUCUAAAAAUAGCUCAAAUAGCAGCACUUACCAGUGAGCUGCCUCUAUUUUUUAAAUUGUAUUUAUUUACUAGCAAUUCUAAGAGAGACAAAACUCAAACAGAAUUUGAAAAUCCAAGAAAAUAUAGACUUGGUCUUCACUAACUGACAAAGAAACAGAUAACAGAUUUUGUGUCCAGUUCAAAGUGUGACAUGAUUUAUUUAAAAAUUUGAGAGUUGACUUUUGUAUUUUACAUGAGUUAUUAUUUGUACAAACAUGGUGCAAAGUAAUUCAUGAUUUGUUAAAAAAAUGUUAGUGGCUAGCUAGUUAAAAUGGGAUAUUGUGAUUUCACAAGACUGUCUUAGAAGUGAUCAUUUGAAAAUGUUCAAUUUGAAAAAUGUGCACUUAGAGAAAAUAUAAAAAUAAAGUGUUGCAUGUUGAUAUUUAUCUGUUUCUAUAUAUAUUUAUUGUGAGAAAUCAUUAAGAUGAUCAGUGUUUCCACAAAGAUAAAUAUCAUUAAUUAUUAAUAAUAACAUAGAGUUAAAGGUAAAUUGAGCAAAUUGGCUAUUUCUGGCAAUUUAUUUAAGUGUGUAUCAAACUGGUAGCCCUUCGCAUUAAUCAGUACCCAAGAAGUAGCUCUUGGUUUCAAAAAG